AUGUCGGAGCUAAGUGACCUGAACAAGGCCCAGGUGCAGAGAUUCAUCUCAUACUUCAAAGCCAAGCGAGAACGACUCCUCUCAGAGCGGGAUGUUGAAAAGUCGGAGUUUGUUUCAGACAGGUUGGCCGAUGAUCAGGCGAUUUACAGCAAAGCAGAUGAAGCGCUCUUAUUGGAAGCUGUACUGCUCGCGGAGUCACUGCUGCAAGCCGAUUGUUCGAGCAAUGCGUUCGAUGCUCCAACGCCGCCAGUGGCAGAUCCCAUGCAACACAAUGGCCAGGCACUGCGUGAUGCCUGCUUCGACAAGACUGCUAGCCACGUGUUCGUGAUUGGCGAUUGGGGCGGAGUCCAAUACGCGGAAGGGAUGCCCAUCAUGCCUGCGGAUCAUCGUUCGCACUUGUUUCCCAAGAGGGUGCGGGCCUUCGUCAAUGGGGUGGACAACUGUGCUCAGCAGAGAGUAGCAGCGCAGAUGUUCAACUGGUCAUUGGCCUAUCCCCCAGACUACAUCAUCAACGUAGGAGACAACUUCUACUGGGGUGGCGCCAACAGCUCUUGCGAGUCGAAUGCCCUCGUUGAAGGUUUUCGCUGGCAUCAGUGGGGGCCCAUCUUUGAAGACAUGUACAGAGGUGGUGGACUGGACGGGAAGCAGUGGCUGGGUGUGCUGGGCAACCAUGACUAUGGGGGCUUCUUAUUCACCUCCGGCUGGCACGAGACCAUCUUCUACACCUGGGCAGCUGGCAGUUCGGGCCGGUGGCUCACGCCAGCGCAGUACUGGCAGGUGAAGGCCCGCUAUACGGACUUCUCUGUAGACUACUACUUUGUAGACACGAAUGUGCACAAUGCGUGGCCGAGCGGGCACGAAUCAUCCCACAACAUUUGCAGCGACAUGCACAACUCUGAGGGUGCUUGGUGCCCAAUCACAGGACCUUACAGCGUGGAAACCUGCUACAGCUGGUUUAAGACGCUGUGGGAGCUGCAGACAAGGUGGCUGGACCAGCGGCUGUCACUGUCCGCGGCGGACUGGCAAAUUGUCGUGAGUCAUUUUCCGCCCGAGUACAAUGUAGAGUAUUGGAGGACUUUGGGCGCAAGGUAUGGCAUCGAUUUGCUGAUCUCUGGCCAUCGGCACUUUCAGCAAAUUAUCCAAAAGGAUGAAGUAGUCCGAGAUGCAAUAUCUUUCCCUUUUACCAUCAUUAUAUCUGGUGGUGGUGGGGGCAUCACUGCUGAUCGCAAGCCAGAUUUAUUUGGACAUGAUGAUGCCUAUGGCUUCAUGGACUUAUUCUUGACAAAGCACAAGAUAAGCAUCAAAGCCAUUUCUCACACUGGUGCCCUCAGAAAGGAGGUGGACAUCCCUCGGCAAAUGGGGGCAGCUAUCGUGUGA